UAUAAAGUAUAGAUAUAGCCAAUAGUUGUGAAUUCUUUUUAACGUUUAUUAUAUAAGGGGUUCCACGGUGUAUCAGGAUGGAUGCGGGUACGGAAAAUGUUGUUGUGGAGGAUAUGCAAAAAGCAUUCAGAUGGUAUCACGGUGACGAUAUGGCUGGUGAACGAAGUGAUAUCGUUGGUAGCUCGCAUACAAACCAGAGGAUAGAGUGUUGGUGGCGACAGUUACAUCAAAGAUGCAUAGCGGCAUGGAAAGAUAAAUUUUGUCAAAUGGAAGAGCAAGGGAUUUUCUCAACAGCAGACGGUAUUCAUGUAAGUUGCGUCAGAUUCUGUUUUAUGCAACUUAUUCAGCAUGAAUUGGACUUAGUACGGGCAGAGUGGAAUACACAUUAUAUAAGGAGGCAGACAUGGGAAGGAACACCUUGUGGAAAGCCAGUCUGA